UAUAGUGUUAAAAAUUGCUAGAAUCAUAUCGAUGCAUUGGCGAAAAAAAAAAAAAAAAUCCUGAAAUCACCAUCUGACCAUGAUAAUUAGUAAUUAGAAACACUGAACGACAAAAGUCAUUAUAAUUUGAAACGGUAAAAAAAUAUAAUUAUAUCAUUCAUUAGUGUCAUUACUCAUUCAUUAAAAUACAACAUUACAAAAGUAACUAACAAAUGCUUUGACUUUGCAUCUAGAACUAGUAAGCCUAGGCCUAACUACUAUUACUACUAUGAAGCCUACUGAGGAAAAUCACAUUUGCUUUUUGAAGCUUUAACUUUACCAAUUCUUAAUUUAGGCAUAUGGCUGUGAAUCGUACAAUAUUAGUUUUAGUAAUAUUAAUUUUUUUUUUAAAGAUAGGAUCAUAAACCUGACAGCAGUUCCCAUGCCAUGGUCAUAGACCUACUACACUACAUAUUAAAUAUUUAUUAAUUUUUAUAGUGUAAUAUAGCAUAUAAAUUAAAUCUGAUUUUUGCAAUUAUAUAUGAAUUUAGACACCAGACGCCAAACUGACUGACGAUGGAUAUACAUGAAGGAUUCGGCCCACAAGAAGAAACAAGUGAGAAACCACCAAGUAAUUAUGAUGAGUUUUUGAAAGCUGAAGGAAUAGUGAGUAAUUUUCAAUUGAUGUAAUUUUACCUAAACACAACCUUAGAACAUUCAGUCCAAACUUUAUGUUUCAAUAAAAUGCUUAUAAUUAUAUUUAUAACCUUAUUGAGACAUGCGCACACCUGUUUCUUUUGAAAAAAAAAAAAGUUUCCAAACUCAUUCAUUAAAGAUAAAGUUUUCUAUUGUUUUCAAGCAGUGUCUUGCAAAACACUGAUGAAGAUUUUACAGUAGGAUCACAUGAAUUUGAUGUGAAAUAAUAGAAAUUGAUGUAAAAACAUAUUUGCAUAUAUAAUCUGAAACAUACCUUAAGACCAAAAUUAUCUAUAUUUUUAAAAUUCAUUCUUGAAUUUUGUGUUGCAGGAUUUAAGAUAGUUUUUGACCUGGAAAACUAAUAAUUUGGGUUUCUCAUUAAUAAUCUAUUAUUUGGAAACUUUCCUUCCCAUCAUUUCUGCAAGGCAUACAUGGAUUUCCCUAGAGUUGGCUAUACAGCUACAUGCAGUUGACAUCACAGCAUUGAUGAGCACAGAAAACCCUUUUUUAUAUUUGAAAAAAUCAUCGCUAAUUAAAAAUUUUCAAAGUUGGCCCAUAUUUUAUCUUCAUUUAAUCUAUUGUGAAAAUUAAAAUUUUGUUUUUACGUACAGACAAUUUUAGUGACUCAUUUUUCAAACAACCUUUACUCAACCAAAAAAAAAAUAAAUUGUUUUUAAAAAGACAUCUAAUUGGAUCUACACAACUGACUUUCUAUUAUAAGCUGUUCAAUACUUAAUUUCAGAGUGAUUGGCCAUUCCCCAUGAGCCUAGAACAACCACUGGAUAUUCAGUCAGAGGGGCUCUUCAUGGGAACUCAGGAGAACAUUUUUAACAUAUUAAAAGCAUCAGCACGUAUCCUUAUGAUGAUUUAGAUUUGAUUUCAUCAUUAUUGUAAAUAAAGUAAAAUUUAAAAAAUUAAAAUACAUUUUCUUGUUUCAAAUCUAAUUUAAAAUAGAAAAUAAAAUUUGUAUAGUAUAACUAUCUAAACAAAAUUUUAUUCCCAAAUGACCUUAAUUAAUGAUCUCCAGCUCUGGGAUUACAUAUGUUAGAAGAGAUGGAAAAGAGAUUAGAUGAGUUAGACAAUACUCUGUAUUACUUUACAAAUCAAGUACUUACUGAUGAUAAGAGAAUAUCAAGGUUAGCAGAGGGACUUUUCCAUUCUCCAUCAAAGAGUAGGUGAUGAGAAAGAAUGUAGUUUGCUUACAAUAAAAUUAUUUGUCUUUAUCAUUAAAAAUUAUCAACAAGCAGAUGCUCAAUCUUUACACUCUGAUCACAUAAAUAGUUUUAAUUAUUUUGAAAGAUUUCUUAAAUAAAAGUUUAAAGAAAAUAUUUUCUGUUCAUAAUUAAGAGAUUUCAUUGUUUGUUGCAUCUUUUCUCAUUCAUCUUGACUGAUUUUGUUUAGUUCAUCUUGAUAGAGCUACAUACAGAAAGAUAGGCUAAUUCUUGUACACUAUCAUGUUCUCAAAAGAUAAUCUGUAAGCAAGCAUAAAUCUGUAUACAUUUUGAAGCUCAUUUAUGCUUAUAACUCCAGUCACAUACAUUUCACAUAGAGGAUAAUUCACAUCAUUGUUUUUUUUAGUUGAUUUCUUUAUCAAAUAUAAUUAUGUUUAGAAUAUCGCCAUGUUGCUAUUUUAGGGGUUUAAAUAAAAUAUGUAAAUAAGAUUUUAUAUUUAUUGCUUAGAGGGUUUAAAAUAAAAGUCAAAAUCAUUUGGCAGUUUAAAAAAUCAUCAUUCUUGGUGGUGCCUGAAUUUUAAUGCAUUCUGUCACAUUUAUGUUUUCAUAAAAAAAGAAGAAUAGUGUUGUGGGGCACUUUCCCAUGUUCUGGCCAAUGUCAAAGUUACCUAAGAAUGCCCAUCAAUGAUGUUCAUAACUAUUCUUUGCCCAUACUUUUUUUUAUUUCCAUAGCAUUUCUUACAGAUGGAUCUGAGCCUUCCUCUGUAAAAUCAAACAGGCAUUCCCUGGUCAACAAAAGCAUUGUAAGCAAGAUUCUAUAUGCAACAUUCAUUUAAAAAAUGUUUUCUUUCUUUUAAUUAUCUAAGUUAUUUUUCAAAAUUAUGAUCAAUUUUUAUUUACAUUUUAUUAUCAGCUUAUAAAAGACAUUUGAAAAAAUUAAUGGUAUAGGGUCUUGUGGAUACUAUGAUGGAGUCAAGAAAAAGGAGUUUGGAAUACUACCAGUUUCCAGGCUUUGUACAAGGAGAACUGAUUGAACUUCCCUCUCAGUUAGAGGCUCCACCUAUUCUACAUAGAAUAACAACAGCUCAGAAUUUUAAUGUAAGAAAUGUAAUAGUUUAAAAAUACUAGCCUGCUUAUAUUUUCAAUGGAUUUAUAGUAAAUGAUUGUUAACUUAAAGUUUGUGCAAAUUUGUUUUAAUGAAAGUACUUAAAUGAAACCAUGACAUACAAAACAUUACAUUUUUUCUUGUUGAUUUAAAGACAUAUGGCAGGCCAUUUAAAUGAUUAAAUUCUCCUGCCAAAAUGAAAACAUAUUAAUUAUAUCCUUCUUCAUGUUUUACAGCCUGGAUUUAGAAAGUUCUGGAAAAAAGUAUUCCUUUCAGAAGCUUCCUCUGCCAUUCUUCAAGACACAUUUUGGUGGAUUUUCUUAGACAAGUUCAACAAAGAGGUAAAGCUUAGUAUGUCAAAACUUCUAUGAAGCAGCUUCACACAUUUAAUUUAUUAACUUCUUCAAGACACAAUCAUGUAUGCCAGAUUUAAUGGUCUUAAUAUUUUUAACAGGAAGGUUUACAAGAAGACAAAGACUUUCUUUUUGACAGAAUUGCAGACAGUUAUGUAGCUCUCUUUACAAGCAUCAACGCAGAUGUGAAAGACAAAUUCCUUUCUGUAAGCAAUUACAAAUUAGAUAAUUAGGCAAAACACUAGCUCUUGAUAUCCAAAUGUUAAAAUAAAAAGCUUAUUAAAGUAUGAUAAUUAUUGGAAAUGAUCUAAUUCUAUUCAUAUUGGUUUCUUGUUUUUAGCUGCCCUAUAAUUUCUUUCUUUUUUAAAGUCAUAACUUAUCAUCCAUCUGCUUUCAAUCCUACAUUUUGUUUUAGUAAAUAGUUCAACUCUUUGUUCAAUAUUUCUCUUUCUAAUAAAAUGGUGCAACUUGAAUUCAGGUAUAUCCAAACUGUCUAGCUCAAGCACUGUACUGCACAUACAGAAAUGCCUUUCCAGAAUCUAAAUGGAAAUUUAAUGAUGAAUUUAAGCAAUAUUUGGUGAAUUUAAUCUAUGAACUAGUAACAGGUAAGUUAUUCCCAAAUACUUAAAAUAUUAAACUAACAUUCAUCUUAGAAGAUUAACAAAUUCUUAAUAAUUUUUUAAAGAAGUAUAUUUCCAGCAAAGUUAAACCAUUCUGCGUAUUUGGUAUUUUGAGUUAAUGUGCUUCAAUACACAUAUAUUAUUUUUUGCAACUUUUAUUUUCAUGAGGCUUAAGGCCCACUCCUGGUGUGUGGAAAACAUGGAAUGAAGAAAGCCUGGAGCAAAACAAGACAUUUAGAGAGAAUGAGACAGCCAAAGUCUUGGAAGCUGCUGGUCUUCACCAAAAAGGUGAAAAAAGAUUUAUUGUUUUGAAAGAAAAGUAAAUUAAUUGAUUUAGGGUAUUAAUUUCAUUAAUCAUUUUUUUUAAAAUAACAGUUGAAUAUAGAAUUAGUUAUAUAAAUCCGUCUUCCUGAAUCUCAUUAAAUGAUACAUUUGAAAAAAUUGUCCCCAACUUGGAUUUCAGUUAAGAUUACUAAAAAAUAGCCCAUUAUAAAAAAAAAUGUAAACAUUUUCAAAAAUUUGACAUAACCUUGGAAAAAAAAUACAUAGACAUCACUAUUGACCAGUCAGUUGAUGAAUGUGACUUGUGGAAAUAAAUGCUUAUUGAGAAAGAUAAUCACAAAGCCAAAAACAAAAAAGUUAUCCUUUUGUUACUUAAUUUAGAAUUGAAUCUGGAUAUGGAUGGUUUUUCUAAAGUCAUUGACAAACUUGGAGCAGAAACUGCAGUACAGCAACAAGGCCAGAUAAUAAGAGAGACAACAAAGUUGACAGGGCAGUCAAAUGUUAAAGCUCACCUUGAGGUAGUUUAUUUUAAAAAUGCUUAAAAUCUUUUUUAUUUUGAUGAAAUAAACUUCCCAGGGAUAAAAUUGAAAAAAGAAAUAGAAUUAACAAUGUUAAUUUUAUUUCAUGCCAACAGCUUAAUAAUAAUUUUUUUUUAGUCACACCAAGUGGGUCCAGGUCCAGAGUACGAGAGAGUCAAGUUCAAUACUUCUGGACGAAGCCCAUUAAUAGCUCACUACCUUCACAUGCGACAACUGAGGGACUACAAGCAACCAGGGAUGAAAGUUAGAAGGACUGAAAUCUUAAAACUUCCAUAUCCUUUACUUAAUUGAUCUACCAUAUGUCAUAUAGAAUAAAUUAAUAUAUAUUCUGAUAUUGAAAAGGAAGAAUUCAUGAACAAAAACUUAAGCUGACUUUAGAUGACAUAAAUCCUUAUAAUUUUUCACACAUUACUUUCUAGACUGUUUUGUUGGGUUCAAGGGUAUGCCUAACAGGAGGACUUAAUUUUAAUAAAUGACAGAGGGUUUUGCGCUGCUGUAAGGAUAUGUGAGUGUAAAACCAAUUUUAGCAUUGUCCAUUUUAUUUGUAUUAAUAUUGUUUAAGAGUCCAAUCCAUCUUAUGAUUUAUCAGUUAUAAUCUUGACUUUGAUACACCCGAAGGCCCCACAUAUCAAGAGUUUAUUGCUGAAACGCUGAGCAAAGCAGAUGCAUUAAACAAAGAAUAUUCAAGGUGAGAUGAUUUUUUUCAGCAACAAAUUUGUAGAUAUGGACAGCCUUUUAUGACAUAUAUUUGUGCUUAAAACAUGGGACCAUGGCAUAACUAAUUAACUGAGUUACUUGUCUUUUCUAGAAAUGGGAUUUCUAUGGUUUUGAAAUUUAUCAUUAUAGUGGUUUUCAGAUUAAAUGUACACAUUUUUAAAAAUAAUUUGAGAUAUUGAAUCAGUUAUGUCAUACAAUGAGUAAGUGUAACAUGCAAACCAAAUAAUGCAGAGAUUAUGUGAGCAUUGACAAUUAACUGUGGUUUUUAUUUCCUUUUGUUUUCUAUUAGAGUAUGUGAGAAGACAGAAGCUGAAAUACUUGAUUUAAACAGGAAGCAGCGAGACACAAACCAUCAAAUAAAUAAAGUGAAGAGAGCUUUCAAUGAUGCUAAGACUCUUCAAGAAAGACAAAACCUUAUAGAUAAAUUGUAUGAGGUAGGUAAUUUUAUUAAAAAUUGUAACCCCAACCAUCUUUUAAAAAAAAAAUGAAGGCAUUCAUGUUGUUUGCAAUCAGUCACCCUCAUCUGUAGUAUAUAAACACACUUUGGUGUUGAAAUACAGUUGGUUUCUAGACAAUGCAGUAUACUUUAUUUCAGAACACUCUUAUUUUUAAACCAUAGUUCAUAACAUGAACACUUUGAUUUCAAGUUUUGUUUCGUUAACUGUCACUACUAAUUUAUAAUCUUGAUUUCAAGAUCCAAUGAGUGGUUAAGAAGUGGUGCAGGGUUAGUCAGCCCACUUAACUCUAUUUUACAGCAUAUUAUUAACCCAAACAAUUUGAAAACAGGAAAUGAACUCUAAGGAGUUAACCCCAUCAGGACCAACAGCCAGAUCUGAUAGCCGACUAAGUGAUGAACCUGAAGAUAUCUGAUGCAGGAAAAUUGACAUCUAUAAACAUUUAAAGGUUAAAACUAUGUUUAAAAUAUUUAGUUUUUACUUCUGAUGUAUUAUACCUGGCAGUUUUAAAAAUCUAAUUGCAAAUCUACAAAGGAAAUAUUUUAUUUUAAUUUUUAGUAUGAUGUAGUUACAGUGGUCAAAGGUAUUAACAAAAAUGUUUAAAUUGUUGAGCAGUAGUAAUUUAUUCAAAGAUUGGGUCUUGAUUUAAACCAGUGGUUCUCAACCUGUGGGUCGCGACCCCUAUGGGGGUCGAAAACCCUCUCCCAGGGAUUCGCCUAAGAACAUCGGAAACACAUAUACUCUACAGUUAUGAAGUAGCAACGAAAAUAAUUUUGUUGUUGGGGGUCGCAACAACGCGAGGAACUGUGUGAAAGGGUAGCAGCGCUAGGAAGGUUGAGAAACACUGAUUUAAACUGUCAUUUUAUCAGACAUGUUAGAUUUUCUUUUAUGUUAAUUCAAAUAAUUUUCAUGCAAAUUGAUAUUUAGAAUAUAUUAUGCAUUCAGGUGUGUAGUGUAAAAAAAGCAGAAGAUAUGGCUUUAUAUUAACCAAAUAAUCACAAGCCAUGGUAAAAAAGCCUUCAUCACUAUAAAAGGAGGGCAGAUGAGAUCUAAAUUAGGAAUAUUAACAAAUUUCCAGAUUUGCCUUUAAUCUUCACCAAAAAAAAAAACAAAAAAAAAUAUCUGAAAACUAAAUAUAGUUUGUCAACAUUUUAUUUUUCAUUAGCGAGGUUGCUAUAAUAUCUAGUGGUCCUAAUGAGAAUAUAUGAAGAAAACUAUAUAAAUAGUAAAGGGAAAACAGCUAAGUGUACACUCACAUGUUUUUUCCUUAAUACAAAAUUAACCAGGGCAAUAAAAUAAUUAAUAGUUAAGUCCAUUUGCAUUUCAAUAAAAUUUAGUCUUAAACUUUGACAACUGGCUUUUAAAGCACAAAAUAAAUGAAAGCAGAAUAGAUACAAAAUAUUUUGUACAAUAGAAGUCAAUUACAAAAUGUGAACUGUGGUUUAAAUAACUUAUUCAUUCAGUGAUCUAUGAGAUACAGUUUUCAAACACAAAGGUCAUUAAAUUUUGAACCACAAGUCAAUUCUAAUUUUAACUAGUUGCAUCAUUAAGUAUAAGGCACAGAGCAUUCACAUGUUUGUGAAAGGAAUUUAUACAUAAGUAAUGCCAGUUAAAAGGUAAAAAAAAGAACAACAACACAGCCUACUUGAGUAGUCUUGUUUGAAUUUCUUUAACAGAAUAAUAAUGUAAGAAUCACUAUUUUCUCAACAAAAACUUGCACUUUCCCUUGACUGACCAGAACUUUAAGCAUACCAAAAUAAAUAUAUGCAUUAUUAUGGAAUGUCAAUAUAAUUAUACAUUUAAAAUAGUGAUAUCUGCUAUUGAUCAUGUGAAACGUAAGUUUAACCCUUUGAACCUGGGAUCCAGCGUAAUCGGUCUUAGCGUUAGAAAUGCACAACCUUGCAGAACGACAUUUGGAUCUCCGAAUACCUUACCCUAGAUUAACAGUCGGUAUAUGAAAAUGUGUUGUAACUAUUGAGUUCAGGGUUUAACAUGUGACUUGCAAAAGAUCACAGUAAUCGAAAGAUCACAGUAAUUGUAGUGCCCAUUGAUGCAUUGUUUUUGUUAUGUUUUAGAAAUUAUUUUGCGAUGUAUAGAGGUGACAAAAAUUUUAAAAAUUACCAUUUUAACGGACUUGAAACAGAACAGGUUGAUGAUAAUGUAAAAGAUUCAAAGGUUUCUUAUCCUGUUUAGAAAAAUGAUUAUAAAUAAGCAAAUAGACAAUGAAAGUGACGAUUGAUUGACUUCAAAUAAUAGUGUUGUGUGCUUUGGGAAUUAAAGAAACAACACAAGGUCUACUCCUAGUACUAACCCUGGUUUUUAAGAAAAAUCAAGGGUGUAUAAAUGACCACCUACUAUGCUAUUCUACAACGAUUCUAAGACAAUUUUCUCCCUGUGAUAAAAUUUAUAAUAGUUAUGGACUACAGACAAAUUUAGAUUAAAAUAAAUGCAAUUUAUUUAAUUUUAUAAUCAUGUGAUUUUUGUUUGUUUUUAAGUUGUUUUUUAAGUUGUUGAAAUUAUCCACAGGAGCCCAGAGGCAUAGAUAUUUUAGGAUCAGGAGCCAAAGGUUCAAAGGGUUAUUUAAGUAAAUGAAAUGAUUCACAGGUAAAGGUUUAAAUUAACCAAACGUGAUCAUAGAGAAAAGAAUGCAAAAAAAGAAAACUGAGUUUGAGCAUAAUAUAUUUACCUGCUGUCUGCACAUUAAAAUUGUGAAAGCUCCAGAUUAAUUUCAUAUAAUAAAAUACUAGUAGAUGUAGUACGCUGCACCACCUCCUGGGAUAGUGGCAAAUAAAGAUUCUUGAACUCUGGCAAAUUUUUCACUGUUGAGUUUGUAAUAGUUAUCUUGGACCCUUGACAAAAGUGAUGCAACAGAAUCUGAUUUUACAAUGGAGACUGCACAUCCUCCCCAGCCUGCACCAGUCAUUCGUGAGCCAACAGCACCACUGUUUCUGCAAAAAGUUCAUGAAAUAGGAAUGACUGGUAAACAAAGAAGAGCUUGACAUUUUUAACAUGAAAUUUGUUUGAAGGUUGUGCUCCAUUUAAGUUAAGCAAAGAUUUUAUAUUUUUUUAGAAGGAAAUGAUGGGAAUAAUUCUGAAGGGGCAACUAAACCAAUGAUGCAAUAACACAUCCUUCUUCUUCUUCUUCUUAUAUUCGAGGUGCCCACGAUCAAUUUGUUGAUCAUUCUGGCUCCUAGUUUUAAAUUCAGAGUUUGCCUUCUCUUAGACAGGUUGCCGUCCAAGGCUAACGAGUCCCAUCCACCCGGGUUGCUUGGGAUGGCUUUGGUGGGGAUUGAACUCCAGACCACCAGCUAUUUCGUUUGAGACAGUUUAGACCGCUCGGCCACCCAGCAACCUCACACAAAAAAAUAUUCAUGUAAGGAACACGAAGAGUACCAGUGGUGCACAUAAUAAAUAGUGAUAUGUUUAAAAAGUGUCAUACAUUACUAUAAUAGAUUUUUGAAUAGGAGAAGAGAGAAAUUAGCAGUUGCAUUCUAAUUUUAAUUAUAUACACAAGACGCCUGCACAUAUAAUAAGAAUUAAACUAAUUUAUAGAAUUUUAAAUAUAAGUUAAUGACAUCAAUACAUUAAAAGAAAAAAUAUCAAAUGAAAUUAAAAUCCAUAAAAACUCACAAAGUUUAUCAAUAUACACUUUUAAUAAGAGGUGGCUUAAAUAUCGUUUUCUUUGGUGGUAAAUUAUAAAAAAUAAAAAAAAAGAUAACCCCCUCAGCCCUAACAUUGUUUAAUGCGAUAAACCUUGCAUAUGUUGAUGAGGUGUAAAAAUAGGGGGAGAUAUAAACUUCUUUUACGUUGCCUAUUUGUCAAUGAAAUUGCUUUGACUGACUAACCUGCAAACCUCAACAAGACUGUCC